CCUAAAUAACACCUAAACAGACCUAAACAGUGGUACAGCUCCAGGCAUUCUAGCGCUAUCCUCUCUUUCCUAGUAACCAGUCAGGCGACAACUGCCCUCCAGACUCCAGUCUUUCGCCCGGGACUUUUCGCUUGCAUCACUCUUACCUUGUGACUGAGCCUGGACUGAGCCUGAACCUGAGCAACUGCAAACGACCAUCAAUCAGCAAGCAAAGCAAUCUUCCAUCUCCAUCCUUCUACUCUUUCCAUCUCUCAUAAUCAACAACUUCAAAAUCAACUUCUCAAUCAAACGGCGACUCAUUCCUCCAUUUGCGUGUAUUUGUAUCUACACGCACUUCUAUUUCUCCUUUGUUUUAUUUAGACACCUGGUUUGUGUUUUUUUCCGGUUAGCUGCCAAAAAAACGUCCAAACCAGUCCAGUUUCGUCUGCAGGGUCUCCGAACCGUGAGCGCGCCUCGCGAUAUCACCUGUCCAUAGCAUCGUCAUCACCAUCAAUAAUCCAUCAACCAUCAACCAUCCAUUCUACCCGAAUUAAAAUCGACGAAUCACCCGAUCGAGAGUCAAGUUAUUCGACCUCAUCCCUAAUCAACAAAAAAGAACACAUCUCUUUUCCCCUUUUCCAUCUCUAGUUUUUCUCAGACGCAGAUAUGCCAGGGAAAACGCCUCAUUCAAACGGCAACGAGCCGGUCGAGAAUGGUAUUAGGAACAACCAGGAUGUUGAUAUGACCGACGAGAAGUCUUCACUCAAAGGCAAGGGAAAGAAGGGUGUUAAGGAGGGAGAGGAUAUGACUGUCGUCGUACCACCUUCAAAGACCACAAAGCAAUCUUCUCAACCACCACCUCCGGAUGCUGAUGGGGAUAUUGCCAUGGACGUAGAUCAGCCAGAAGACCUUGAGGUUAAGGUCGACCCCAUCACCCAAGCUAUCACAGAUUUAAAGAGCAAUUUCGCCCUCCUCGACCGCGCGGUAACUCUAUUCGAUGCCAGAUUCACAUUAAGGGCUCUUAGAUCCAUCUCUUCCCUUCGAAAACGCCUCACUCCAGACAUUCUCGCACAGGUUAUCGCAGAGACGUUCUCUCCUACAAGUUCAUCUGCCAACGUCGCCAAGCAGCUUUUGCUUGCGAUCGGAAAGCAAGAUGUACCUUUAGGUCGCCAGUCGAGUGCCGAUAUGGAGAUUGAUAGCGAACCGAAGGCCGCAGUUAAGAACGGCGCCAAGAAGGAGAGCAAAGAUGUCAUUCCCGAGAUCGAUAUUUUCCUGAGCAUCCUUGUUCAGGUUUAUCUGUUCGACUCGAAGCAGUUUCAGCUAGGCUUCGACUUCUCUAAGUAUCUCUCAGAGCGCAUUCACUCUUUGAAUCGUCGUACUCUAGACUCCCUUUCUGCCAAGGUUUAUUUCUAUUACUCUCUAUUCUGCGAGCAACUUGCUCCGUUGCCCCCGUCCCCUCAGUCUCCCAUCGUUGCGAUCCGUCCAACUUUGUUGACUGCUCUCCGGACUGCCGUGCUACGAAAGGAUAUUGACAUACAGGCCUCGGUCAUCGUACUUCUUCUCCGAAGCUAUCUCCUUACCUCCCACAUCUCUCAAGCCGAUCUCCUCGUAUCCCACACCCAAUUCCCAGAGAACGCUGCCAACAACCAGGUCGCACGUUACCUAUAUUACCUCGGCAGGAUUCGUGCCAUUCAGCUACGAUACACGGAGGCACACGAGCAUCUAACGGCUGCCACGAGGAAAGCACCGGCAAGCUCCUGCGCUUUAGGGUUUGCGCAAACAGCGACGAAGCUCCUGCUUGUUGUGGAGCUGCUCAUGGGUGAUAUCCCCGAGCGCGCCACUUUCCGUGUCCCCAGCAUGGAGCAAGCUCUUCACCCGUAUUUCCUGCUUGUCCAGGCUGUGCGAGUGGGUAACCUGGAGGAUUUCGAGUUGACGAUCGUAGACCAUGCCGACACCUUCCGCCGUGAUGGCACAUACUCGCUCAUCUUACGUCUUCGCCAGAACGUUAUCAAGACGGGUAUCCGCAUGAUGAGUCUGAGCUACAGCCGUAUCUCACUUCGCGACAUCUGCAUCCGCCUGCACCUUGGUAGCGAGGAGAGUGCCGAGUACAUCGUCGCAAAGGCGAUCAGGGAUGGUGUCAUCGAGGCGACGCUAGACCGUGAGCGAGGUUUCAUGAAGAGCAAGGAGGUUGGUGAUGUGUACGCCACUCGGGAACCUGGAGAGGCAUUCCACGACCGUAUCAGGGCCUGUCUUGCGCUCCAUGACGAGAGUGUUAAGGCCAUGCGCUUCCCAAUGAACCAGCACCGGCUCGAAUUGAAGAAUGCUCAAGAAGCGAGAGAGCGAGAGCGUGAGAUGGCGAAGGAGAUACAAGAAGGAGAUUUGGACGAAGACGACCUCGGUGGUGAUUUUGAGGGCAUGUAACAUAAUUCGAACCUGUGUAUUCUGAAAUCGGAGGCGGAGGAACCAUCGGCGCUGCUUUACGCCCUUACCAAUUCAUAAUAGUGGUACAUGAGGCGAAAGGCUGCUUUUACAUCGGUGAUAAGUUGUAGUUUGCCAACGAGGGAGAAGUUGAGAGGGUGCAUAUGGCGCAGCCAACUUUUAUAAACGUCAUUUAAGGCCUUCAUUGUAAUAGAUAACUGGCAGAAAGAGGAGAACUCUUGCUGCCCUUUCCGGCUACUGCUUCUUCAUUA